AUGGUCACCGAAAAAAAUGUACAGGUUUUGAUACCAGCAGCUAAUCUUCUGCAGUUAAACGAUGUAAACGAGACAUGCUGUGCAUUUUUACAGAAACAAUUGCACCCUACAAAUUGUCUUGGUAUAAAAGCUUUUGCUGAUUUGCACAGCUGUACAAAAUUAUUAACAAGUUCAGAAUUGUACAUUCAACAAAAUUUUGCAAAAAUGGUUGAGGCUGAUGAAUUCCUAUCCUUAUCAUCUGAACUGUUAGUUAAGUUGAUCUCCAGUGAUGAGCUUACGGUGCCAUCUGAAGAAAAAGUAUUUGAAUGUGUUAUUCGUUGGGUAAAACAUGAAUUAGAUUCUAGAAAAUGUAUUUUACCCCAAUUAUUGGAACAUGUUCGUUUACCAUUUACAUCGGAACAUUUUAUAUUUCAAAAAGUACUUGACGAACCUAUUCUUAAUGAUUGUCCUAAAUGUAAAGAUUAUGUAUUAGAAGCUUUACAUUUUCAUUUUCUUAAGAGAAAUCAGUCAGAUCAAGUUAUCACUAAUCCUAAAUGCAUCCGGUAUAAUCCUAGACAGCCUAGUGGUUUACUUAAAGUUAUUUUAGUGAUUGGUGGAUUAGGGAAUAAAGCUUCAGGUAGUACAGAAUGGUACGAUUCAAAAAUCCACCGAUGGCAGUUUGGACCAACAAUUAUAACACCCAGUACUGAUGGAUGUGUAGCUGUAUUAAAAGAUAAUUUGGUGUUUGCAUUGGGUGGUAGUAGUUCUGGAUCUAUUCUUCAGUCUGUUGAUGUUCUAGAUUUAUCAUCAGAAUCACCUUGUUGGGAAUCAUCUGUUGACAUGUUGGUUACAAGAAAAGAAUUAGGAGUUGACGUAAUAAACAAUUAUCUGUAUGCUGUUGGCGGAUCUGAUGGUGAUAAUACUUUAAGUAGUGCAGAAGUUUUCAACUUCAGUACUCAAGAAUGGCGUAUGGUAUCUAGUAUGUCUAGUACAAGAGCUGAUUUUGGAGUCGGAGUACUGAAUGAACUUUUAUAUGUGGUAGGAGGUUAUGAUGAUUUGUCAGAAGCGUUAUUAAACUCUGUUGAAUGUUAUCAUCCCAGUCUUGAUAAAUGGACACCAGUCGCAGAAAUGUGCAAAUAUCGAAUAGGUUUGGGUGUAGGAAUUUUAGAUGGAGUCCUAUAUGCUGUAGGUGGUGAAGAUGAUUCAGAAACUCUGAAAAGUGUGGAAGCAUACAGACCAAGUAUAGGAGUUUGGACCACAAUGGCAGACAUGAAUUUGCCUCGAAAAUAUGCAGGUGUAGUUGCAUUAGAAGGAUUAUUGUACGCAGUCGGUGGAUUACCCAUUGGCAUUCGCUCAGCUAUGGUAAGCGCUCUGUUGGAUUUGUUUGUAACAACUCAAACGAGGUAA